CCGGAAACAGACCAAAUGGAAUGUACACAAGACUAAAUUUCACAUAAAUCUUUGAAUAAUGUCUUUUCUAGAAAAUGACACUGCUUCAAAAGAAAGGUUUAAUCUGUUAUUGCUAGAUCCAGGAGAAAUCUAUUUUGAGGAUUACAGUGUAUUUUAUUAUCCUAGUGGUCUUCCAGAACACGAAGCUAUCAAAAGGAAACAGAGGGGACAUUUGAAAAUAUGUUCCAAAUCAGUUGUUUUUGUUCCUAAGGAAAGCCAGUACCCUAUUCUGAAGUUUCCAUUAAGAUAUGUGACAGAAGUAGAUGAAUGGUCUGGUGGAUUGUUUUCUAAAAUAGACCAUAAAGAUAAAAUGAUAAAAGUGGCCUGCAAACAAACUGUAGCAAUGAAAGAAAAUAACAUACUAAGUCCUUAUGUCUUCAUUAAGGAACCAUCAGAACACAUUUUUUCACUGAAUUAUGUUGUUGUUGAUGAUUGUUUACCACAAAUCUGUCAACUACACCGAGCCUCUACACUCCCGCAUACUGAACAGAAUGCUAUGAUCAAUGCUAUUGUUCUGUCUAGAAGGUCAAGAGUCAAGUUCAAUACAAGUUGGUUGGAAGAUUUAUACGAAAAUAUCAUCUUGGAAACCCAAGGUGACAGAAUUACACCAUUGGUGACCAAUCCUGGCCGUAUUAUGUUGACCAAUAAAAUAUUGUACUUCCAACCUUUUAAUAACAUAGAAAGUAUACCAGUAAUAAAAAUCAGAUUAAAAGAUAUAAAUAGACUCAUAAAAAGGAGAUUUUUAUUGAGACAGAUAGGUAUAGAAAUUUUCUGCAAAGACGGCAGCCCCUGUACACAUCUGUAUUUAUCAUUAUCUAGUCCAGAGUUACGCAACGACCUUUUCUUCAAAAUGAAGGAACAAAGUGAUUUAGAUUUAGAGUUACCUGGUCAAGAGGAUAUGACCUUACGGUGGCAAAGUGGCAAUAUUUCUAAUUAUGAAUAUCUUAUGUAUUUAAAUAGUUUAGCCGACAGAAGUUUUAGUGACCUAACACAGUACCCAGUGAUGCCUUGGAUCAUAUCAGAUUACUCAUCUAGUCACCUUGAUUUAAAUGACUCAUCAGUUUUUAGAGAUUUAUCCAAACCUAUUGGAGCAUUAAAUGAAGAAAGAAUUGAGAAAACAAGGGAAAGGUACAGAGAAAUGCCAGAACCUAAGUUUUUAUAUGGAUCUCAUUAUUCUACACCAGGCUAUGUCUUGUUUUACCUGGCUAGAAUAGCCCCAGAAUAUGUGCUGUGUUUACAGAAUGGUAAAUUUGAUCAGCCAGAUAGAAUGUUUAACAGUUUGUUAGAUACUUGGCAGAAUUGUUUAGAAGGUGCAGCUGAUUUUAAAGAAUUGAUACCAGAAUUUUAUUCUCCUGACCAUCCAGAUUUCCUUUACAACAAAGGGGUCACUAAUUUUGGGAUCAGACAAGAUGGUAAACCAAUUGGUGAUGUUGAUCUACCACCAUGGGCAUGUAGUCCAGAGGAUUUUAAACAGUCCCUGAGAAUGGCAUUAGAGUCAGAUUAUGUAUCAUUACAUCUUCAUCAUUGGAUUGAUUUAAUCUUUGGAUAUAAACAGAGAGGAGAGGAAGCUGAGAAAGCUGAUAAUGUGUUUUACUACAUGACUUAUGAAGGUGCAGUGGAUUUAGACAGUAUAUCAGAUCCAAAUGAGAGAGCUCGUAUGGAGAUCCAGAUUAUGGAGUUUGGUCAAACACCCAAACAGUUGUUUAAAACACAACAUCCACAGAAGUUCCAACAUCCUAGUCCACAAAGUAUUGUACAGUGUACACAGGAAGCUAAGGAAAGAAAUAGUCCUACACCAGAAAACUCUGAUGAUAUGCUGUCUACAGACACAGAUGAGGACCAGACUCACUCCACUACAACAGUUUUUGAUGUGCAGGAGUUAAACAAUUUAGAAUUAUUUCACCAGUAUACACUACAUAAAGACUCAGUAACAGAUCUUUGUUUAGCCAGAGAUGGCAGAAAUAUUUUCUCUGUUUCUCAAGACAGUUUUUUGAAGAUGUAUUCAUUAGAAGAACAGAGGCAAUUAAGAAGUGUUAAUGUAUCUAGCAUGGCUUUAUCUUCAUGUCAGCUAUUACCAGACAAUUUAACCAUAGUGGUUGGAUCCUGGGACAAUAAUGUAUAUUUUUAUAGUAUUGAGUUUGGCAGAAUUUUAGAAACUUUAAUAGCACAUGAUGAUGCAGUUUCUGAUGUUUUUUGGAUAAACAAGAUUUUAUUUACAUCUUCCUGGGAUUCGACAGUAAAGAUGUGGAGUUUUACACCGCCAUCACCAUCCAAUCCUUUUGUUCCAGCUCAGUUUGUGGGACAACUUGAUCAUGAAUCUGGUGUGAACUGUCAGUGCAUUGAUAGUAACUGUCAGAUACUGGUUACUGGUUCAAAAGAAGGACAAAUAGUAAUAUGGGAUAUUAGAUCUAUGUACCAGUUAACAGAACACAAUCUGCAUUCGUCAAAAGUCAAUGCAGUAACUUUGAGUCAAGAUAAUAAGAGAAUUUUGUCCAGCGGAGAAGAUUGUUACCUGAAAGUGCUGGAUAUUGAGACAGGAACUGAAAUAUUUGUCAAAGAUUUACAGGACCAAAUUAUGUGUUUUAUGUGGUGUGGAGAUUUGUUACUAACCGGGAGCAAUUCAGGUGACCUUCAGGUGUGGGAUAUGGACAGAGGUCAAGUGGUUGUAAAGAAAUCUUUACAUUCAGAUGCUAUAACUUGUAUAGACAUUGGCAAUAAUACCAUAGUUACUGGAGGUCAAGACAAAGUCAUCAGUUUGUGGAAACCAUAGAAAUAAAUCUGUUAGGUGUAAGUCUUGCCUAUUAUGCAGCAGCAGAAACAAUACAGAUCUAUCUGGUUUAGUUUGGAUGCUAAAAAUAACUGUGUAGUGGUUGAAAUUCACUUCCAAUGCAACAAUAGAGGUCAUUAUAAUGUCAAGGUUAACAGAAAGUAGUAUGAGAUAUGUGUAUUUUUGUUUCAAGGGAACACUUUCUAGUAUGGAGAUUAGGCAUUCACAGGCUGUUCUUGUUAAACAUGAACAGUGCAGGUACUGAGUGAAUCACAGGUAGGGUUUAAAUACUGCAGAAAAGGCAUGAGAAAUAUUAAAAUGCAUCUGCUAAAUGGUAAUCAUGUUUGAAUUGCGAGAUCAUUUUUGUUAAUACAUAUUGUUAAUGUUAUUAUUAUUUUUAAGUAUAAAUGUAAAGUUUGGUUGUAUUAACUUUUGAAAAGAUUUGAAUGGCAGUGGCUUUAAUUAUAUUACAUAUCAUCUGUUAUACAUUCUAUAAAUAUGAACUUGAUUUUAUUUGUAAUUUGUCAAAGUUUUAAUUUUUCUUCUUGUUAUGAUAAGUCAUGAAAUACAAAGAAACUGAAGUGAAGAAGUUGUUGAGUCUUGUGAUAAGAAUUCUUGCUGCUAAAAUUCAAUAUAAUGGCAUUUUCAUAGAUAUAAUGCAUAAUACAUGUACAUCAAAAUUAUAUUGAGAUACAAGCAUCUGAAAACUUAAAAUAUUUGCAGGGGAAAAGAUGUCUCUUGAUAUUUUAUAUCAAAUUUUUGGGAAGAGAUGAAUGUUCAACUGUUUUUAGGAAAUAUUUUAUUACCGGUAGAUGUAAGUUUUAAAUAACUAUUGACAAAUAUGGGGGUUGCUAGGCAAAAUAUUUUAAUGAAUAGCCCAGAAAAAUAACAGGGGUUAAACAUAUAAAGUAAAAAGGCCAAAUUGAAAACAUGAUUGCCUAAUAUCCUUGAUUUAUAAUAAAUUGUUAAGAAUUGUUCAAAAUCAAGCUAAACAUGCCAAAUUUGAAGCUUUUUCCUAAAUUGUCCUUCAUCAGGAACUCAAAGUGUGGAAGCGAAAGAUAUUUAGGGUGACGCAUUAUUUAAUAGGAGAGGAGCCUAAGGAAAAAUCCACCAAACUCAAACAUUACCUAAGAGAGUUUCAGCAUAUUUUUUAACUCUGGGUUAAUCAACUGAAAAAAAAUAUUGAAAGAUAUGUUAUAAGUCAUGGCCAGUGUCAAAGCACUGAUCACUGGAUACCUAAGGAACAUAUGCCAGCAGUGGUUAUGGAGAAAGUUACCAGAUAGUUAUUAUAGACAAUAUUUUAUACAUUUAAAUGUAAAAUUCUUGGAAUUAAACAUGUUGAUUAAAUUAUACAGUUGCAAGAUUAUUUAAUGUUAAUGUUUAUUAUUGUUUGUUUAAUAUAUGCAACCACCAAUGUGCAAUUAAAUGCAAAUUAUUUAUUUAUCAAGUGAUGCCAAAAUUUUACUGUUAUCAGUAAAUAUAUACUGUUUGAUAUUAAUAAAAUUAUACAAUAUUUA